AUGGACAAUGUUGGCUGGAAUGUUCUGCGGAGCUCGUCCAAGAGGCUGCUUAGCAUCUCCUACAUAACUGGCGGCUUCUCAGCUUACCUGGGAGACAGCUGCCAUGGAGGUCAGAACAGUCUGUACAGUGGCAAGCUUUAUAAUUCUACAAUCCUGGAUUUUUUCUUUCGAGAAUAUUCUGAAAACAUCACUACCAACGAGAGUGAAGAGGAUGUCUUUAGCAGAAUUUUAAGAAUAAAUGAAGAACACUUGAGUGUGGGAUACCAGGGGGAUAUUGUACUGGGAAGCUCACGUAGUGCCACGAGUUGUUUUACAUGUAUCUGGCCAAGCAAUGGUGGGAAGGUGCCAGUUCCAUACAUCAUUCAUCCCAAUUACACCGACAGUCAAGUCUCUCUCAUUUUGAGUGCCAUGGAAGAGUUUGAAAGUAUGACCUGUGCGUAUUUUGUUCCUCGUGCAGAAGAAGUUAACUUUAUUGACAUUCAGCCUUUGAAUGGGUGCUGGUCAUCUAUUGGAAUGGUGCAGGGUGGGCAGGUGAUAUCGCUGAUGAUUCCAGACUGUAUGAACAAAGGGAUUGUUCAGCAUGAACUGAAUCAUGCUCUUGGCUUUCAACAUGAACAGUCCAGGAAAGACCGGGAUCAAUAUGUCACAGUACUCCCUCAAUACAUUGACCCAGAAAAUCUCCAUCACUUUGAAGUUUCCGAGACUCACAGUCUGGGUGUGGAAUAUGAUUUUGAGUCUGUAAUGCACUAUUCCAUGUAUGCUUUUACAAACACUCCAGGCCAACCAACCUUAAUUCCCAAAAUAAAUACAACGGCUUCAAUUGGACAAAGAGAUGGAUUGAGUAAUCUGGAUGUGAGGAAAAUAAAUCUACUGUAUCAUUGUGAUAUUUGUUCCACUUUGCUUUCUGGUUCCAGUGGAACACUGACGUCACCAGGUUAUCCCUCUGCCUAUCGUGACAAUACUAAAUGUGUCUGGUUAAUCAGAAUACCAUCUCAAAAGGUAUAUCUGAAAUUCGAAAGCUUUGAUGUUCCACCUUCACCAAGUUGUGAGUCCGACUACAUUAAUAUCUACGACGGGGCCAGUAGAUCUUCUCCAGUUCUUCUCGAGAGAUUUUGUGGAGAAGAAAAUCCACCUCCAUUGAUGAGUUCUUCUAAUGUGAUGCUGGUGGAGUUUAUUAGUGAUGGAAAGUUGACCGGAAAAGGGUUCAAAGCCUCGUACAGAAAAGUGCAAUGUGGCAACGCAUUCCACACGCAGUCCGGAAGCUUCUCAUCUCCGGGAUAUCCUGAGAAAUAUUUUCCAGAUUUGGAUUGUGAGUGGCAUAUCACUGCACCCAAGAGCCACACGAUCUUUUUAAAGAUGGACAAGGCUAUACUCGAGGAAAGCGACUUCUGUAUACAUGACAAAUUAUGGAUAUUUGAUGGAGAUGAAAAUGAUAAUUCCAAACUCAUUGGAAGGGUGGACAUGACAGCAAACUCAGAACCCAAACCCAUUUGA